AUGUUGAGCUUUGAUGAUAAUGAUCUUAACUGUGGUAUAUAUCGAACAAAUGAUCCAAUAAAUAACUUUAAAAUUCGUGUCAAAUUCGAACGUUUAACAUCUAACUCAAUACUACCAAGUUUAGAACAAGUAAAAAUUCGAGAAGAUUUAUCUCGUUUACUUACGAAUGAUGGACAACCUUUAAAAGAACCGAAAGCUAACAAAACUAACAUAGGACCAGUUUUAAAUGAAACAAACGAUUCAGAAUAUGAAGAAGUUGUGAUCGGUUGGCAACAAAAACUUUUUAGUCAUUCCGAAUUUGAAACAUAUGGAAGAAAUAUUGGACCGCAUAGUACAAUAGUUGAACAAAAAUAUUUUGAUGCUAUACAAAAAAUGAAAGCUAUUAGAAAAAAACCUGGCAGAAUAUUUACAUAUAUUGAAAGUGAUCGAUAUUGUCAUGAAAGACAUCUUGAUUAUUUUAUGACUGAUUCAUCAAAUGAACAACCAAGUCAAUUAACAUUAGGAAUUAACAAUAUUCGUAAACGUGAUAUCAUUCAAUCACGUUUUAAACAAAGUAAUAUAGAAUAUAUUCCAAAAGCAAAUAUUAUUAAUAAAAGACCAACAUUUGAUGAUAUUCGAAAAAAUCAUUAUGCUUCUGUACCAUAUCAAAUAAUGUAUAUAAUGGCUGAUUUAAGUAAUAGAAUUUCUCAAACAACUGAUAAUGUACAAUUAACUAAUGAACAUAUUUUAUGUCGAAUACAAAUUUAUUCAAAUGGUACAAUUAUAUUAGAACCCGAUUUUAAUAAUAAUAAAUUAGCUUAUGUGAUUGAAACAGGAAAUAAAAAUAAAACAUUUUAUCAUUAUUACUUAGAACAUGCAUCAAUACCUAUAACUAAAGAUUAUCUUAUUAAAGAAAAAAGAUUAAUGAAUGAAAUUUGUACAAGACAACAAAUACAUCUAACAAAUAUUGUUGGAAAUAAAUUUGAUAUACCACCACCAAAUAUUCUUAAAUUAAAUGUAUUUGGUGAAAUUAUUAGUGGAAAAAAUUUUGAUUAUGAUAAUAUUUAUGUUUAUUAUUGUUUAGAUUUAACUAAUGAUUGGUAUGUUGAACCAUCAAUGAUUUUAUCUGGUUAUACACAUACAGCAAGUACAACAAGUUCUAGUAAAUAUGAUGAUAUUGUUUAUUAUUCGCAUCCAUUUGAAUUUGAACUUUGGUAUAAACCAUCAUAUGCUUUAGCUAAUCAUGAAUUUCCUCGAAUGCCAAAAAUUUAUUUUCAAAUAUCUUCAUUGGAUUCGUGGAGUCGUCAUCGAAUUGAAGGAUAUACAUACAUAGAUAUUCCAAGUAGUCCAGGAUUUUAUGAUGAAGAUUUAUCAUGUUGGAGACCACGUGGUAAUUCAAUUUAUGAUGAACUUCGUCGAUUUUAUAUUGGUGGUUCAACUGAACUUGAAGAUAUAAGUUACGUUGCUAUUCCAAAAUUAUUUGAAAGUGAAAAAAAUAAUAAAUUAUUAAGUCGUUUUGGUUUUCGUACUGUUUCAACAGGUACAUUAAAUAUUCGAUUCAAUAUUGUUUUUCAAUCACAAAAUCUAGCAAAAGAAUAUACAAGAAAACGUAGUACUCAUGGUGUCAAUCGUUAUGGAUUUGAUGCAUUUAUGUCAAAUAUUGAUGAUACUCUUUAUGAAUUAGAACAAGCAAGAAAUCGUGCAUUGGAAGUUCGAGAGAAAGCAUUACAAAAUUUAAGAACGGAUACAACUGAAUUUUAA